AUGCGUUGCCCUGCUGUAGUGCUCGUCGUCGCCUCCGCUGCCCUUCCGUGCGCGAGGGGGUUCCUGCGGCCGAGUGUCGUCCCCAGGAGGCGUGCUGCUGGAACCGACGCCAGCGGCGGCUCCGGCGACAUCAUGACUUGCAGCCGGAGGAGCCACACCGGAGGAGCUGCUGCUGCUGCUGUUGGCCGGCGGGGCCUGUUCAUGAUGGCGGAAGGGAGACUCACGGAUGGCGAUCUGGACAACAUCAGCCUUGACCCUUCCACCCUGGACGAGAGCGAGCUCCAGAGGGUCGAAGGGAUCCGUGCGAUCCAAUCGAAAAUGGUUCGAGGUCGACGAGAAAAAGCUGGAGCUGAGGAGAGCAGCGAGGAAACAGAAAGAAGCGGCGGUAUGGGCGAAGGCGCCGCCGCUCUUAAGGCGUCUGCUGCUGGGGACGACGGAAUGACCGCUGAGGAGAGGCAGCGAGCGGAAGGCCUGGCGUCCAUCGAGCGCAGCCUGGCGGAGGUAACGGCCAUCCAGAGGCAGCUCGGGAUCAGCGUCGACGAGGAUGAGGACGAGAAGGACCUCGAAGUGACGGACACCGCGUGGAGGGGACAAGCCGGCCUCGACGUCACCGACGCCGCGGACGGUAGCCGGGACUGGUCGGACCUGUCCGCCCGGAAGGGUCUGGCGGUAGGGGACGCGGUUGCACUGACGAUGUUCGCCUACGUCGGACGCGCGAGCCACGGGAUGGCUUCGUUCGACCUCGGGGUGCUGUUGACGGCUCUCCCCUUCCUUAUCGGCUGGUUGGCGGUUUCGCCCCUCCUGGGGGCAUACACGAGGUCGGCGACGGAGACGCCCGGGGGCGCGGCGAAGGCGCUCCUGCCGGCGUGGGGGAUUUCCAUCCCGGUGGGCAUUUUCCUGCGGGCCCUGUCGAAGGGGGGGGAGGUUCCCCCGGUCCCCUUCGCGGUGACGUCGAUGAUCUUCACGUUGGCGGCGCUGAUGGCCUGGCGGCAGCUGUACACGGCGGUCAACCCGACGGGGGAGGGGGACAAGCAGGCCGGGUUGCUGGACGGGUUCCGGAUGAUCACGACGCUGUUGCAGCGGUGGUGAGGGCACGGAGAGAGAGAAACAGGAGAGUUUCGAGUAGGCGUUGUUGUGCCGGAUGACCGCGACGUUGUUGCACAGCGGUGGAGACGGCCCGAGAGUUUCGAGAAGGCAUAGUCGUACCGGAUGAUCGCGACGUUUUUGCACAGCGGUGGGUACGGCCCGGAGAGAACCGGAGAUAACUUGUACGAACCACUGCUGUAGCUCCAUCUCGGAACAGAGCUUGGAUUGGAUUCCAGGUGCAAAGUCUUCGUACUCAAUUCUCUCGGGGUAAGCACACAGUAAGUAGUGCGUGUGGUGUGUGUUCGACGGACGGCUACGAUGCUGCUGCUGCUGCUGCCGUUUCCGGCUGUGCGGGGGGGAGCGCAAGACACCACCACCAGUCGCGUGUCGGCGGCAGGCGGGAGGGUGCCGAACAAGGAUAAGACCACGGCGUUUUGGUUGGCGGAGAUUUUGAAGGAAGACGACAAGUGACCCAUCGUGUCUCUACCGGUAGAUGCCAGAGUGUCUGUCGAGUACUCUUUCUGACGGGGUUGUUUUAGUUGCAUCAUAAGGGGAGGGGGCUUUGAGAAGCUGUGUGCGUCGGUGGCAGAGGCAAGCACCUCGAGCGUGAAGGCCGGCCAAGCGGGCCUGAAGAGGGUACGCUAUAGGCUGACUUGAUGUGCUCUGAGUCCAAUCGGUAGGUCCCGUCAUGAUUAUUUUUUUGCGGAUCGCGCGCGUGCCCGUAGUUUGCAGAUCGCUGAGAGAGAAUGCCACACCGGGCGUUAGAGAACACCGUACCGUGGUACGGACGAGUAGAAGCAUGGGAUGGGUGGUACGGGCGGCCCCCCCGCCCGAUGGCGACGUCCCUGGAUCGCGGGUGGGUGGUGCUUAGCUGUAGCAUUCCAUGUACAUACAUUUUC